AUGGGCGGUCGGAGCUCCCGGAACAUGGACACGGAAGGAUCGACGCCAAACCCAGAACCACUAGUUCUCGCUGCUCCCCAUGUGGUGGUCAAGGCCAAGUCAUAUCCUCCGCCAGAACUCUCAUCGUCAUCUUCUAACAAGUCACCACCUGCUCCUUGCUCCUCCUAUAAAGGAACUGGAGAAAUCUCAACUCCCUGCACCACAUGCUCCGGCGAAGGGUGA